UUCCCGAUCAUAGUCACGGAGCACAGGGGACGAGUCAUGUUGAAUACACUCGUUUAGUAUCAGCAGCCAGCCUCUGAAGGGUGGGAGCUGGUGAAGCAAACAGGGAUCGGCCCUCCAGCGUUUAGAAAGAAGCUGGAGCACACUCGCAUUUCAACGUUUGCUGUCGACUAUUUGAAGAUGCCACAAACCUGAGCACAACACGUUCUCCUAUUUAUUUUGUGCUUCUUUUCUCCUCGGGUGUUUUGCUGUCCAAGGAGUUACAGACUGUUUGUUGCAUUAGACUAAGUCCGCCCUGGGUACACGCUUAAGGACAUUUAAAGAGCUUAAAAAAUGGAGGGGAAAGCUUCGGCUUUGAGGGCGGUUAUCAAGAAGCAUUGCCCGACCAAGGAGAACCUGGACCCCAGGACGUGGAUGAGAGAGGAGGAUUUGAGGGCCUUCUCUGACUUCAUACUGAACAAAAACACGGACAAAGACAUCGACAGGAGCUUUGACAACAAAGAGAUGUUGCUUGAUUCCGAGAGGGCGUUUAUGAAAGCAGCAAAGAGGAAUGAUGUGCAGACCAUGAAGAACCUUGGGAGAGGUCUGAAUCCCAACGCAAAGAAUGUGCACAACAGGACUGCCCUUCACUACGCAGUGGCUGGCAAGAACAAGGAGGCCGUUCAGCUUCUUCUGCAGCGCAGGGUCAAGGUGGAUCAGAAGGACAAGCACGGCGUGGCACCCAUUCAUCUAGCUGCCUGGUUUGGAAGUUUGGAGAUCUUGAAAUUAUUAGUGAAGGCCGGAGCUGAGCAGAAGGUCGAGAACGAGGAAGGACUGAACAUUUUGCACUGUGCUGCCAUCAACAACCACACUGAAAUAGUUGAAUAUAUUGUAGAUGAUCUACAGAUGAAAGAACUGGACAAAGAUGACCUGACAGGCCACCAGGCGUUUGCGUUGGCGGCAGAGCACGGAUGUGUUGACAUGUUACAGAUGCUGAUGAAUCCAUAUGAAAUGGCCUCCAUGAAGCCCAACAAGAGAGGCGACACGCCCCUGCACUUAGCUGCCAGGAACGGCCACUUGGACGCCGCACAUCUGCUGCUGCAGAGCUUUGAUACCCGGGAUGAAGUCAACAUGGAUGGUGAGACAGCUCUGUACCAGGCUGCAGACAACGCUCAUGAAGAAUGUGUGCUGGCCCUGCUGGAGGCCGGCUGUGACCCCAACAUCGCCACAACGGUCAACUGCAGUGCUCUCCAUCCAGUCUCAGAGAGAGGCGACAGAUCGCUUGUCCAAGUCCUGUUAGAAUACCAAGCCCAAACUGACUUUCAGAAUCAGAACCUAGAGGUUCCUCUCCACCUGGCAGUGACCAACAGUCACAUCCCCGUCAUCCAUUCACUCCUGCAAGCUGGCUGCAACGUCAAUGUCACCAACAAGAGGUCCCAGACUGUUAUGCAUCUUGCUGCAGAGCUGGCCAGGUUGGAAGUUGUGGACAUGCUUCUUAAAGCUGGGCUGGAUCUGACAAUCAAGGACAGGCAGGGUAAAACAGCUCUGGGUGUGGCAGCCAGAGCGAAUGAGGUGAUUGUUGUGGACAUGAUCAUCAAAGCAGAGAGAUAUUACAACUGGAAGUUGAGCAACCCUGGGCUUGAUGAGAGUGUUCAUAGCGAGUAUCCGCUAACGUUUAAACUCGACCACCACAAUGAUACCAGGCAGCUCCGUUCCAUGGCCUGGCGCCUGGCGUACGAGCUGCUGAAGCCGGGAGACUGGAAGAAACUGGCAGAACACUGGAACUUCACUAAGGAGCAAGUGUGGGCCAUCGAGGAGCAGUGGACAGGUCGGCAGAGCUACCAUGAGCAUGGGAACAGGAUGCUGCUGAUCUGGCUCCAUGGUGAGCAGUUGGCUCAGACGAACCCAGCAAAGGAACUCUACCAUGGCCUCAUCUUGACAGGGAGCAGGAAAGCUGCAGAUAAGAUUCGGAUGGAAGCAGAAAGUGUCGGCCAUAAGAGCUGCAGCAUAUCAUGAGGAUGAACAACAUUUACUCCAUGUUUACAUCUAUUUCAUCUACUCCCGAAAUAAUUUAUUUAUAUAUAUAAAAAAAAAAAUUCUGCAUCAAAUAAUGGACAAAUGGCUUGGGUUCAGUCAACAACCUGUGGUCUCAGUAGAAAUCAUCAGUAUCAUCAUCAGCACAAAUAUUUAAAAUGAUGUGGUUUUACACAUGACAACCUCACCUGUGCAUAAUUUAUAUUAAAAACAUUCACUGAAAUAAAUUUUGUAAUACUUAA